AUGAAGGCUCAGCUCGACGCCAUCCUCCAGGACCAUAUCGCUAAUGGCGAAGACACCAAAGGCAAGCUCCUAGGAGCUACCUUUGCGGUUGUCACAAAGGACGACGUCCUAUACCUCGGUUCGGCAGGGCGCACCAGCCCAGACCUCUCUUCGCCAGCCUGGACCGAUAGGUCUUUCACGUGGAUCGCAUCCAUGUCCAAGAUCAUCACGAUCGCGGCCAUGCUGCAGCUCGUCGAGCGGGGCCUCAUCUCCCUUGAUACCGACUGCAGACCUCUCGUCAAGGAAUUGGCGGAGGCACAAAUCAUCGAUGGCUUUGAUGGCGAUACGCCAAAGCUAAGGCCGAACACGAGCCCCAUGACCUUGAAGCACCUGUUAACCCACACUGCCGGAUUCGGAGUUGAUAUCGCCGACCCGGACCUCAUCAAGUGGAGCCAGGUCACCGGCCGCAAGGUCAACUGCCACGACUGGUCCAAGGCCGGGUUCGACGUGCCCCUCAAAUUCGCCCCCGGCGAAGGGUGGUACUACGGCUUCAGCACCGACUGGGCGGGCCAGGUCCUCGAGGCCGUCACCGGCAAGCGCCUGAGCGAGUACCUCCAGGAAAACGUCUUCGACCCGCUAGGCAUGACGGAAUCCGGCUUCUGGCCGCGCAAGAUGACCCAGAUAAGCGAGGAGCAGCGGGCCGCCUACCUGUACCGGCAGGAGGACGGCACGCUCAAGGCGGGGCUGCCCGAGUUCAACGAGGAGGCGCACGAGAUUGAGAGCGCGGGCGCGGGCAUCUUCACCACGGGCAGGGACUACGCCGCGUUCCUCGGCGCUUUGAUGGCCGGCAGGGUGGUUAAGAAGGAGACGCUCGACGUGAUGCUGACGCCGCAGAUCAACGAGUCCCAGGAGUACGUUUUGAACUUGAUCGCCAACAUGGUUAAGGAUGCGUUUGCGCCCGAGUUCCCGGCGGAGCCGAAGCUCACGCACGGCAUCGGCGGCGUGAUCAACGUGGAUGAUAUUCCCGAGAAGCGUAACAAGGGAAGUUUGGCGUGGAGCGGAGCCGCGAAUUCGAGAUGGUGGCUGGAUCCCAAGGCAGGCAUUGCCGCCAUGAUCAUCACUAACGUUCAACCUCACGGUGAUUCUGUUAUGACUAGUCUGUGGGAUAAGCUCGAGAAGGCCGUUUACCAGAACCUUCGAUCGUCAAGUACUUGA